GCUAAGGUUACAGCGGACCUUAGCAUAUUCCAUUCACAUUUUUUUCUCUAUAUCCUCAAAUUUAAAAUUUCGGGGACAUUCGAUAAAAUUGAAACGAUACAGAGAAUAAUAGCCUUGUAACUUUAUUCGUCUCAUUUUAAUUGUCUGCUUGUAAUUGCUUCUUUAUAUUUUGCAGCCAUUCAAAGUUGCAUUAGAAGUAAGGAAGCAAUUUGUUCUGUUUCUGAAAUGUCUGGUGUUCUUCUUUGGGUGAAUUGUGGACCUAAAGAGAAUGCCAUUUCAUUGGUAGGUUUUGCAAGAAAAGAUGUGAGAAUCCAAAAAAGGUUUAGACUUUGUUCUGGGAUUAGUUUUGCAAGUUUUUCAAGUGCUGUUGUUGAACCAUCAAGAUCUUCAGAAGAGAGGGUGUAUGAAGUGGUGUUGAAGCAAGCAGCACUUUUGAAAGAACAGAGAAAGGAUAGAAAGAAAGGUUUGGAUUUUGAUAAGCCUAUUGAAGGUGAUUUCACUAAUGGAGAUCUGUUGAGUUCUGCUUAUGAUAGGUGUGGUGAUGUUUGUGCUGAGUAUGCUAAGACAUUUUAUUUAGGCACACAAUUGAUGACACAAGAGCGCAGAAAAGCCAUUUGGGCCAUUUAUGUGUGGUGUAGAAGAACAGAUGAACUAGUUGAUGGUCCUAAUGCUUCUCACAUCACACCAAAGGCUUUGGAUAGAUGGGAGCAAAGAUUAACUGAUGUUUUUGAAGGACGUCCUUAUGAUAUGUAUGAUGCUGCCCUCUCAGAUUCGGUCUCAAAGUACCAUGUUGAUAUACAGCCCUUUAAGGACAUGAUUGAAGGGAUGAGGCUGGACCUAAGAAAGUCAAGAUACAAUAACUUUGAUGAACUCUACCUUUAUUGCUACUAUGUUGCUGGGACAGUGGGCCUUAUGAGUGUUCCUGUAAUGGGGAUAGCACCAGAAUCAAAGGCUUCAACAGAGAGUGUUUACAAUGCUGCAUUGGCUCUUGGUAUUGCUAAUCAACUUACCAACAUACUCAGAGACGUUGGAGAAGAUGCUAGAAGAGGAAGAGUGUAUCUUCCACAAGAUGAAUUGUCACAAGCUGGCCUAUCAGAUGAUGACAUUUUUCGCGGGAAAGUUACCGACAAGUGGCGCAAUUUCAUGAAGGGACAAAUAAAGAGAGCAAGAAUGUUUUUUGAUGAAGCAGAGAAGGGAGUUUCAGAGCUCAAUUCAGCUAGUAGAUGGCCAGUUUGGGCAUCAUUAUUAUUGUAUAGGCAGAUAUUAGAUUCUAUUGAAGCUAAUGAUUAUAAUAACUUCACAAAAAGGGCUUAUGUAGGAAAAGCUAAGAAGCUCUUAUCAUUACCUGUUGCUUAUGGAAGAGCUUUUUUAGGCCCACAAAAGUUAACCAAAAUGAUUACAAGAUGAAUGUGAUAUUGUGCCUACAAAGCAUUGAAUUCAGUUCCUUAGAAAUCAGAAUGGUUAAAAUUAUAUUGUAAAUAUUUUUUUAGUUUAAUGUAUACAUACAUCUCAAGUUUAAGUUAAGCAAUGCUAUAGAGAAAUUCAUUCAA